UGAGUCAAUGUGCAGGGGUACCAGGUAGUAACAUGGCUAUAUACCAGAGGUACUGGUACUGAGUCAAUGUGCAGGGGUAACCAGGUAGUAACAUGGCUAUAUACCAGAGGUACUGGUACUGAGUCAAUGUGCAGGGGUACCAGGUAGUAACAUGGCUAUAUACCAGAGGUACUGGUACUGAGUCAAUGUGCAGGGGUACCAGGUAGUAACAUGGCUAUAUACCAGAGGUACUGGUACUGAGUCAAUGUGCAGGGGUACCAGGUAGUAAACAUGGCUAUAUACCAGAGGUACUGGUACUGAGUCAAUGUGCAGGGGUACCAGGUAGUAACAUGGCUAUAUACCAGAGGUACUGGUACUGAGUCAAUGUGCAGGGGUACCAGGUAGUAACAUGGAUAUAUACCAGAGGUACCGGUACUAAGUCAAUGUGCAGGGGUACCAGGUAGUUGAGGUAAUAUGUAGGUAGGGAUAAAAGUGACAAUGCAAUCAAGACAGAUAAUAAACAGAGUAGCAGCAGCGUAUGUGAAAGUGUGUGUUAGUGUGUGUGUGUGUGUGUGUGUGGUAUCAAUACGCAUGUGUGUGUUUGUUUUGUAUGUGUGAGCGUAUGUAGUGUGUGUGUGUGUGUGUGUGUGUGUGUUGGAGUGUGUGGGUAGAGUGUAGUGAGCGUGCAUAGAGCCAGUAAAAUAAAAAUACAAAAUAAAACAAGAAAUAAUAAAGGGGAGGGGUCAAUGUAAAUAUUUGAUUAACUGUUCAGGAGUCUUAUAGCUUGGGGGUAGAAGCUGUUCAGAGUCCUGUUGGUCCCAGACUUGGCGCUCCGGUACCGCUUGCCGUGCGGUAGCAGAGAGAACAGUCUAUGACUUGGGUGGCUGGAGUCUUUGACAAUUUUUAGGGCCUUCCUCUGACACCGCCUGGUAUAGAGGUCCUGGAUGGCAGGAAGCUUGGCACCAGUGAUGUACUGGGCCGUACGCACUACCCUCUGUAGCGACUUACGUUCGGAUGCCGAGCAGUUGCCAUACCAAGCGGUGAUGCAGCCAGUCAAGAUGCUCUCAAUGGUGCAGUUGUAUAACUUGAGGAUCUGAGGGCCCGUCAGGAAGUCCAGGAUCCAGUUGCAGAGGGAGGUGUUCAGUCUCAGGGUCCUUAGCUUAGUGUUGAGCUUGGAGGGCACUAUGGUGUUGAACGCUGAGCUGUAGUCAAUGAAUAGCAUUCUCACGUAGGUGUUCCUUUUGUCCAGGUGGGAGAGGGCAGUGUGGAGUGCAACAGAGAUUGCAUCAUCUGUGGAUCUGUUGGGGCAGUAUGAGAAUUGGAGUGGGUCCAGGGUUUCUGGGAUGAUGAUGUUGAUGUGAGCCAUGACCAGCCUUUCAAAGCAUUUCAUGACUACAGACAUGAGUGCUACGGGGCGAUAGUUAUUUAGACAGGUUACCUUGGCAUUCUUGGGAACAGGGACUAUGGUGGUCUGCUUGAAACAUGUAGCUAUUACAGACUGGGUCAGGGAGAGAUUGAAAAUGUCAGUGAAGUCACUUGCCAGUUGGUCCGCGCAUGCUCUGAGUACGCUUCCUGGUAAUCUGCCUGGCCCUGCGGCCUUGUGAAUGUUAACCUGUUUAAAGGUCUUGCUCACAUCGGCUACGGAGACCGUGAUCACACAGUCGUCCGGAACAGCUGGUGCUCUCACGCAUGGUACAGUGUUGCUUGCCUCGAAGUAAGCAUAUAAUGCAUUUAUUCACUGGGCAGCUCGCAGCUGGGUUUCCCUUUCUAAUCUGUGAUAGUUUGCAAGCCCUGCCACAUCCGACGAGCGUCAGAGCCGGUGUAGUAGGAUUCAAUCUUAGUCCUGUAUUGACGCUUUGCCUGUUUGAUGGUUCGUCGGAAGGCAUAGCGUGAUUUCUUAUAAGAGUCCGGAUUAGUGUGUCACGCCCUGACUCAGGGGACUCUUAUAUGUUGAGUCAGGGUGUGUAUAUUCUUUGUUGUGUAUGUUCUAUGUUGUAUUAUCUAGUAUGUAUGGUUCUAUGUUGGCCGGUGUGGUUCCCAAUCAGAGGCAGCUGUCGCUCGUUGUCUCUGAUUGGGGACCAUACUUAGGCAGCCUAUUGGGACUAUUGAGUUGUGGGAUCUUGUUCCGUGUGAGGUAUAUUGUGUGUGCUACCUUGGACUUCACGGUUCGUUUAGUUUGUUGUUUUGUCGUUGUGUUUAUUUGGUUUAAUAAACAUGUACGUAUAUCACGCUGCGCCUUGGUCUGACCCGUCCUUCAACGAACGUGACAUAGUGUGGGUGUGUGUGUGUGUGUGUGUGUGUAUGUGUGUGUGUGUGUAGAACAGAGCAGACCAAAGUGUGUGUUCUCUGCACCGCUUGGACCAAAGCUUCAAGCCGAUUCUCAUAAAAAAUUGGUGCAGAAAAAGGGAGGGAGGGAAAGAACGGAGGGAGCGAGAGAGAGAGAGAGAGAGAGAGAGAGAGAGAGAGAGAGAAGCGAGAUAUGAGAAGAGAGAGGAGAGAGAGACCAGAGAGAGCGAGAAUAUCCAUAGAUAUAUGGCUAUCUAUCUCUCUCUCUCUAUCUCUCUCUCUCUCUCUCGUAUCUCUCUAGCUCUCAUGACAUAUCUCUAUGGAAGGAACAUGCUUCAUCACAGAAGCUUACGUUGACAGACUAUGAGGAGAGAGGUGUGUGUGUGUGUGUGCGCAUGCGUGUCUCUCACACAGCCGCACACAGAACUGCCAGCAUCUUCAGUUCCAGCGUGUUCACAUCCGGGUGGUUAGGGAAAGGAAAAGAGGAGGGAGGGAGAUAGAGAGAGGGCCAGGGAGGGAGGGAAGGAGAGAAAUAGUGACUGCCAGAAUAUCUGCAGGUGGUGUGAGUCUCAGCAGCUGGUCACAUUUGAAGGAAGGGAGGAUCAUUUACAACUGGGGAAGAGAAGAAGGAAGGAAGGGAGGAGGAGGGGAUAAAGAAACAACAAAAGAGCAGAAGAGAGGGAAGGAUACACAAUAUAAGAGGGAUAGAGGAGAGGACAUAUAGAAGAAGAACACUGGAGAGGAGGAAGGAGGAGAGGGGAGAGCCGGUGUAUAGAGAAACCAACAGAAGAGGGAAGGAGGAGAGGAGACGAGGUUUACAGGGGAGGCGAGAGCCAGAAAAUCACCGGGGAAGAGAGGUAGAGAGCAGAGGGGAGAAAAGGAGAGAAAUCGACAGAAGAGAGCCAGUACAUAGGUAGAAGCAGAGGAGAGACAGGUAUGGUCUGGGGGGCUCUGUCUCCACUGCAGUGGGCUCGGUGGGGCUGGGACACCCUAUACAGAGACACCAGCCCUGGGGAUGGGGACAGCCCUACUAACCCUACACUGGGGAUGCUCCAGAGACUGUCCUGGGGGUCCCGACACCAUGCCAUGAUCCUGGACAGACAGAGGUGAGAGACCGAGAGAGAGAGAGACCGAGAGAGAGAGAGAGAGAGAGAGCGAAGGAGGGAGAGUGAGAGAGAGCGAGAGAGGAGAGAUCGAGAGAGAGAGACGAGAAAGAGAGAGAGAGAGAGAAGAGAGAGAGAGAGAGGAGAGAGAAGUGAGGUAGAGAGAGAGAGACGAGAGGAGGACGAGAGAGAGAGACGGAGAGACGAGAGAGGAGAGAUGAGAUGAGAGAGACAGAGAGAGAGAGAGAGAGAGAGAGAGAGAGAGAGAGAGAGAGAGAGAGGAGAGAGAGAGAAGGAGGAGAGAGAGGUUGGAGGAGGGAGCGGUCGAUGGGGUGGUUAGAAUUUGGGAGAGUGUGUGUGGCUGCUAUCAAGAUUAAGUUGUAUCAAUCUAGAUAAGUAUCUGAGUGUGUAGGUGGAAGAUGAUUGAUGCAGAGUGCGGUGGUAAGGUUUGUGUGUGGGGUGUGUGUGUGGUGUGUGUGUGUGUGUGUGUGUGGAUGUGUGGUUGUUUGUGGUGUGUGUGUGGUGUGUUGUGUGUUGUGGGUGGUGGGUGUGUGUGUGUGUGUGUGUGUGUGUGUGUGUGUGUGUGUGUGUGUGUGUGUGUGUGUGUGUGUGGUGUGUGGUUUGUGUGGUGGCAGAAUGUUAAGAUAUACAUUUUCUGUCUCCUGGCUGCAGAUUCAGCGCUUUCAUUUCUAGACCUAAUAAUCCGCCAGGGAGAAUCAGACAUAAAGGAGCACAUACAUGCUGACUGGGGUCUUUGUUUGACUAAAUAUCGGAGCAUGACGAUAGCAUGCAUUAUUGCAACCAUAAAGUAGAACCGUCACAGCAUUGACUCAUUGACUCAUUAGUUUCAGACUGGUGAUAUUUUCCCUUAAUGGGAUACGGUAUAUAUAUCUGCACAGAUGGUUGUACAGUAUGUUAGGAAAAUGACUUAUGACUGACAUAUUUCUUUGUUUGUUUUCAUUAGACUGUCUGUCUGUCUGUCUUACUGCCAAUGCAUCGUACACGGGCCUCAAGAACUACUGGGCCACGUUCCAAUAUCCAUUCUUGUUAUACAUUUCUUUACGCUAAUGUGGGUUUAGCAGGUAGCUUAGUGGUUAAGAGUGUUGUGCCAGUAACCGAAAGGUCGCUGGUUCUAAUCCUCCGAGCCCGACUAGGUGAAAAAUCUGUCGAUGUGCCCUUGAGCAAGGCACUUAACCCUAAUUGCUCCUGUAAGUCGCUCUGGAUAAGAGCGUCUGCUAAAUGACUAAAAUGUAAAUGUAAAUGUAAAAAUGUUUAGAACAGUGAGAUCGUCAUUUCUCACAAACCCGCUGUGCAUCGUCCAUUAUUACCGUCUCAUGUUUCUCUCCCUUCACACCAUUGUCCCUAUGAGGUCCACAGUGAUACUGAGGCUUUCUGACUUAUAAUGAGGCUCUGUCUCGCUCUCUCUCUCUGUCCUACAGGAGCUCAGACUCUGACGGAGCGUUCGAGACACCAGAGUCGACCACCCCUGUCAAGUCCCCCAAUGGAGAGACAGACCAUCAUACCCAGCUGCUGACCUCGGAAGACACCGGUGAGGGAGAGAGAGACACACACACACAGAAAGAGAGAGAGGAAGGGGAGAAAGAGAGAGGAAGGGGAGAGAGAGAGAGGAAGGGGAGAGAGCAGAGAGAGAGAGAGAGGAGAGAGAGAGGAGCCCAGUGGUGAACUGAAAAAAGGGAGAGACAGAUAGAGUGAGAAGAGACAAGAAGGAUAUAAGGAGGGCGGGAGAAGAGAAGAAGAGGAGGAAGAAGGGAGGGAGGGAGAGAGCAACGGAGAGAGAGAAAAGAAAAGGAGAGAGAGAGGGAGAGAGAGGCGAGGGAGAGAGAGGAGAGCGAGAGGGGAGAGGAGAGCGAGAGAGAGAGAGAGAGAGAGGAGAGGAGGAGGAGAGAGAGGGGAGGAGAGAGAGAGGAGAGGCGAGGGCAGAGAGAGAAGAGGGACGAGAGAGAGGAGCGGAGCGAGAGAGAGAGAGAGAGAAGAGAGAGAGAGAAGAGGAGGGAGAGAGAGCAGGAGCGAGAGAGCGAGAGAGAGAGAGAGAGAGAGAGCGAGAGAGAGAGAGAGAGCGAGAGAGAGAGAGAGAGAGAGGAGAGAGAGAGGAGCGAGAGAGGCGCGAGAGGAGAGAGAGAGAGAGAGGAGACGAGGAGAGCGAGAGAGGAGGUAGCGAGAGAGCGAGAGAGGAGCAGAGAGCGAGAGCGAGAUGCAAGAGAUCGAGCGAGCUAUUAGUCGAAAGAGCGACGGAGAUCUCGAUGAUAUCGUAGAGGAUAUCUAGAUCUAUCUGCUCUCUCGAUUUUUCUCUCCGUCUUCCUCGGAUAUAAUCUCUUUCUCUCUCUCUUCUCUCUCUAAUAUCUCUCGACUCUCUCUCUCUCUAAUUCGUCUAUAUUUCUAUCUCUAUCCCGCUCUCGAUUCGCUCCGCUCGCGCUCUCCGUCUCUCGAGGCUCGCUCGCGAUAUAUAGAGAUCUCUCUCUUCCUGUCCUCUUUCCGCUCCUCGUAUAGCCCUUCUCGCUCUGCUACUAUUCUCUCUCUUUCCCCCUGUCUCUCUCUCUCUAUCAUUUCCCUCACUCACUCUCUCUCUCUCCUCUCUCUAUCUCUCUUUCCCUCUCUCUCUUACACAAACACAUACACACAAGCAUCAGAAGAAUGUCAUUUCUCACUCUCAUUCAUAAACCAUAAUGCAAACCUUGACAAUGCAUUGUGGGAUUAUGUCUUGAGUAUUUAACACUCAUCAUAUAUAUUUCUCUGUGUUCCUCCAGGUCUUGGCUGUGACUCCGAGGCAGACGGUGAACCCGGGUCAGAGGCUAAAGGUCACCACGGUAGCUCCCUGUCCAUAGUCUUCGACGAGGACAAGCCCAUUGCCGCUAGCGGAGCCUAUAACCUAGACCAGCUCAUAGCUGCUGCUGCAGCUGCAGAGGCCCAGAGCCGAUCAACUCUAACCCGCUCUCUGAGCCUCCAGGCUGGGGAGCUAGACGGCUCCGACCCCCUAGACGGCGGAGGAUCUUCCAUUUCAAUCGGAGACUCCCGUCCCUUAGCUGAAUCCUUCAGUAUCGACGGUGGUACUGAGAGUGCUCCAGGGACCCUCCGCAGACCCUCCAAGAAGGGGCCUCUCCGCCCUGGCGGCUCUCUGAAAAAGAAGCCUCUCCUCAGGCAGAGCUCUAACCCAGAGAGCCCCCAACCUCCAUCCUCUGGUACCACACCAGAGCUGAAGAAGAGUGCCAGAACAGCUAGCCCCCUAUUGGACUCUGAGGACAAGGAAGUAGGAGGAGCCACAGCAGACUCUGGCCCUGCCUCGGCCACGCCCAGUCCAGGAGGCACGCUCCGCAGAACCAGGAAGCCACGCGUGGAAAGCCCCGCCCCUCUCAUUGAAGAGACCAAUCACACUAGCCCAGAGACAGAUAACCAACCAAUCCCAGCCCCUACUCCAAUUCCGUCCCAGGCCAUUUCCAUACCCCUCCGACAGGAGGAUACCCCCAUCCCAGCCAGCGAGGGCUCCUCUCCCAUCCCCCCUAGUGGGGCCUACAAAUGGGACCCAGACAACUUUGAGGACAUCGACCCAUUCAACACCGGAGGUAGUAAAGUCGCUAACUCCCCCCCACUGGGAAGGAAAGGAGUCGCUAACUCCCCCCCGUUGGUUAGGAAAGGAGUCGCUAACUCCCCCCCAUUGGUUAGGAAAGGAGGCGCUGCGUCCAUUGCUCCCAAAACUGUCACGCCUGUCUCUAACCCUAACCCUCCUCCUGUCUCCACUGAGGAAUCAGCUCGUCCCCCUACCAGCCCCCCUAUUCGCACCUCAGGGGCGGUCAGACUGGAGUUUGACUAUUCUGAGGAGACCCUCGAGGAGCCUCCUAAGGCCUCUCCACCACCCAAGAAGCUGGGCAGGAAACCAGGCUCCAAGGUUAGUCUGUCGUAGGGUUGCAAAAUCGUACGUUUUUUACUCUUGCUGAUUUCAACGUGUAAUUUUUUUGCCUGAUCAUCUUGCUGACUUUGUAAAGUGACUGGGUGGUGUUUUUGAAAAGCACUUAAAAUAAUACAAGUUAUUAUAAUUAUUAUUCAUAAUAAUAAUUGUAUUCAUGUCAUUAUUAUUAUGAUUAUGUUUAUUAUAUAUUCUAAUGACAACAAUAAUAAUAAUCAUUAUUAUUAUUAUCAGAUGCCUCUAAGGAAGCCCAGGAUGGGCCUGAAGAAGGCCGUCCAGCUCCCAUCGGAACCCCUAGACAACGCCACCGUCCCCGAUGAUGAUGACAUCCCCGUCCCUAAGGCCUCCUAUAACUUCGACCCCACCCAGUGGGACGACCCUAACUUCAACCCGUUCGGCACCAACAGCGAGAUCCCUAUCUCUCCCGAGCUGAACAAACCCUCCCAUAGAUUCGACUCUGACACCUUCGACGAGUCUGCUGCCUUCAAGUCCUCCUCCAAUAGUAUGGCUGCGUCUCCGCCCACGGCUGCCUCAGGCUCCGCCUCCUUUGAGGUGUCGGCCAAUGACAAUGAGGUUGAUAAUGAUAAUGAUAAUGUUAGUGAGCUGGAGGACCACAACCAGAACAAACCAUCCAAAACGAAGAAGAAACCUAUCAAAUCGUAAGUUGGUUUAAAAUUUUUUUUUUUUUUUCUUCCCUGACCUUAUCGAACAGAGAGAUAGAGAGCAUGAAAAGGUGGGUAAGGAUAGAGAGAGGGCAGCAAACCGGAUUCAAACCGACACCGUAGGCAUGUGUGCCGGAGGCUGCGGCGUUGAGGCUGCGGCAUUACUGCUUGACCAGCCAGGCCACCAGAUAGCUGUGCGUGUGUGUGGUGUGUGUGUGUGUGUGUGUGUGUGUGUGUGUGUGUGUGUUCAUGUGUGUGUGUGUGUGUGUGUGUGUGUGUGUAAGUCCCAGGUUGGAUAUAGAUGUGAAAACACGCAGAUAAUAUGACAAGAGAGGAUGAGAUAUGUGUGUUUGUGUACUCUCUCACACACACAAACAGACAUAUCUCACUCUCUCUUGUCAUAUUAUCUGCGUGUUUUCACAUCUAUAUCCACCCUGGGACUUACACAUCCACGAAGAUAGCAGGAGGGAUGGAGAGAGAGAGAGAGAGAGAGAGAGUACUGUAAGGGCUGCAGGUCACCAUUAGUACUGUAAGGGCCGCAGGUCACCAUUAGUACAGUGGGCUGCAGGUCACCAUUAGUACUGUAAGGGCUGCAGGUCACCAUUAGUACUGUAAGGGAUGCAGGUCACCAUUAGUACUGUAAGGGCCGCAGGUCACCAUUAGUACUGUAAGGGCCGCAGGUCACCAUUAGUACUGUAAGGGCUGCAGGUCACCAUUAGUACUGUAAGGGCCGCAGGUCACCAUUAGUACUGUAAGGGCCGCAGGUCACCAUUAGUACUGUAAGGGCUGCAAGUCACCAUUAGUACUGUAAGGGCCGCAGGUCACCAUUAGUACUGUAAGGGCUGCAGGUCACCAUUAGUACUGUAAGGGCCGCAGGUCACCAUUAGUACUGUAAGGGCUGCAGGUCACCAUUAGUACUGUAAGGGCCGCAGGUCACCAUUAGUACUGUAAGGGCUGCAGGUCACCAUUAGUACUGUAAGGGCUGCAGGUCACCAUUAGUACUGUAAGGGCCGCAGGUCACCAUUAGUACUGUAAGGGCUGCAGGUCACCAUUAGUACAGUGGGCUGCAGGUCACCAUUAGUACUGUAAGGGAUGCAGGUCACCAUUAGUACUGUAAGGGCUGCAUGUCACCAUUAGUACUGUAAGGGCCGCAGGUCACCAUUAGUACUGUAAGGGCCGCAGGUCACCAUUAGUACUGUAAGGGCUGCAGGUCACCAUUAGUACUGUAAGGGCUGCAGGUCACCAUUAGUACUGUAAGGGAUGCAGGUCACCAUUAGUACUGUAAGGGCCGCAGGUCACCAUUAGUAAGGGCUGCAGGUCACCAUUAGUACUGUAAGGGCUGCAGGUCACCAUUAGUACUGUAAGGGCCGCAGGUCACCAUUAGUACUGUAAGGGCCGCAGGUCACCAUUAGUACUGUAAGGGCUGCAAGUCACCAUUAGUACUGUAAGGGCCGCAGGUCACCAUUAGUACUGUAAGGGCUGCAGGUCACCAUUAGUACUGUAAGGGCCGCAGGUCACCAUUAGUACUGUAAGGGCUGCAGGUCACCAUUAGUACUGUAAGGGCCGCAGGUCACCAUUAGUACUGUAAGGGCUGCAGGUCACCAUUAGUACUGUAAGGGCUGCAGGUCACCAUUAGUACUGUAAGGGCCGCAGGUCACCAUUAGUACUGUAAGGGCUGCAGGUCACCAUUAGUACAGUGGGCUGCAGGUCACCAUUAGUACUGUAAGGGCUGCAGGUCACCAUUAGUACUGUAAGGGCUGCAGGUCACCAUUAGUACUGUAAGGGCUGCAGGUCACCAUUAGUACUGUAAGGGCUGCAGGUCACCAUUAGUACUGUAAGGGCUGCAGGUCACCAUUAGUACUGUAAGAGCAGCAGGUCACCAUUAGUACUGUAAGGGCUGCAGGUCACCAUUAGUACUGUAAGGGCCGCAGGUCACCAUUAGUACUGUAAGGGCUGCAGGUCACCAUUAGUACUGUAAGGGCAGCAGGUCACCAUUAGUACUGUAAGGGCUGCAUGUCACCAUUAGUACAGUGGGCUGCAGGUCACCAUUAGUACUGUAAGGGCCGCAGGUCACCAUUAGUACUGUAAGGGAUGCAGGUCACCAUUAGUACUGUAAGGGAUGCAGGUCACCAUUAGUACAGUGGGCUGCAGGUCACCAUUAGUACUGUAAGGGCUGCAGGUCACCAUUAGUACUGUAAGGGAUGCAGGUCACCAUUAGUACUGUAAGGGCUGCAUGUCACCAUUAGUACUGUAAGGGCCGCAGGUCACCAUUAGUACUGUAAGGGCCGCAGGUCACCAUUAGUACUGUAAGGGUUGCAGGUCACCAUUAGUACUGUAAGGGCUGCAGGUCACCAUUAGUACUGUAAAGGAUGCAGGUCACCAUUAGUACUGUAAGGGCCGCAGGUCACCAUUAGUACUGUAAGGGCCGCAGGUCACCAUUAGUACUGUAAGGGCUGCAGGUCACCAUUAGUACUGUAAGGGAUGCAAGUCACCAUUAGUACUGUAAGGGCUGCAGGUCACCAUUAGUACUGUAAGGGCUGCAGGUCACCAUUAGUACUGUAAGGGCUGCAGGUCACCAUUAGUACUGUAAGGGCUGCAGGUCACCAUUAGUACUGUAAGGGCCGCAGGUCACCAUUAGUACUGUAAGGGCUGCAAGUCACCAUUAGUACUGUAAGGGCCGCAGGUCACCAUUAGUACUGUAAGGGCUGCAUGUCACCAUUAGUACAGUGGGCUGCAGGUCACCAUUAGUACUGUAAGGGCCGCAGGUCACCAUUAGUACUGUAAGGGAUGCAGGUCACCAUUAGUACUGUAAGGGAUGCAGGUCACCAUUAGUACAGUGGGCUGCAGGUCACCAUUAGUACUGUAAGGGCCGCAGGUCACCAUUAGUACUGUAAGGGCUGCAGGUCACCAUUAGUACUGUAAGGGCUGCAGGUCACCAUUAGUACUGUAAGGGCUGCAGGUCACCAUUAGUACUGUAAGGGCUGCAGGUCACCAUUAGUACUGUAAGGGCUGCAGGUCACCAUUAGUACUGUAAGGGCUGCAGGUCACCAUUAGUACUGUAAGGGCUGCAGGUCACCAUUAGUACAGUGGGCUGCAGGUCACCAUUAGUACUGUAAGGGCUGCAGGUCACCAUUAGUACUGUAAGGGCCGCAGGUCACCAUUAGUACUGUAAGGGCUGCAGGUCACCAUUAGUACUGUAAGGGCUGCAGGUCACCAUUAGUACUGUAAGGGCCGCAGGUCACCAUUAGUACUGUAAGGGCUGCAGGUCACCAUUAGUACUGUAAGGGCUGCAGGUCACCAUUAGUACUGUAAGGGCUGCAGGUCACCAUUAGUACUGUAAGGGCUGCAGGUCACCAUUAGUACUGUAAGGGCUGCAGGUCACCAUUAGUACUGUAAGGGCUGCAGGUCACCAUUAGUACUGUAAGGGCUGCAGGUCACCAUUAGUACAGUGGGCUGCAGGUCACCAUUAGUACUGUAAGGGCUGCAGGUCACCACUAAUUUCUUUAUACAAUAUUUUAGUCUAAAAUAUAAUGUUCUAAACAUUCUUCUCUCAGAAUUAGCAUGUUGCUCCAUCGUGACCAAAAUUCCCAGGUUUUCCCAGAAAUUCCGGGAAUGUUCCAACUAGGAUUUCUGGAAAACCUGGGAAAUUUGGGAACGUUUCCAGAAUUUUGCAGCCCUAUCCUCUUCCUUAUUAACAGAGCUGUGACAUAAAGACUACCAAUCAGAGAAGCUCUACCAUGUAAAUCAACCAAUCAGAGAAGCUCUACCAUGUAAAUCAACCCAUUAGAGAAGCUCUACCAUGCCUAUCAACCAAUCACAGAAGCCCAUCUGCUUCAAUAUCUGACAUGAACAUCCUGGCGUAUAAAUGGAACCUGUCUUCUCAAAGAGAAAGUUGACACGGUAGCACCUCCUCUAUUGAAGGGCAACAGAGGUUACUCAUGGUCAGACUGAGGUGCAGUAUGUCUGGGGUCUAGGUUGGUUGCAGAUACCUGGGUUUAGAUCCUUCAUCUCAUAGCGCUUCCACCCUAACAAGCCCUAACACACUAACUUAACAUAGAAUCAGGCUUGGGGUCAAAUCCCAUUUCAGCCCUAACACACUAACCUAACAAAGAGUCAGGCUUGGGGUCAAAAUCCCUUUCAGCCCUAACACACUAACUUAACAUAGAAUCAGGCUUGGGGUCAAAUCCCAUUUCAGCCCUAACACACUAACCUAACAAAGAGUCAGGCUUGGGGUCAAAAUCCCAUUUCAGCCCUAACACACUAACUUAACAUAGAAUCAGGCUUGGGGUCAAAUCCCAUUUCAGCCCUAACACACUAACCUAACAAAGAGUCAGGCUUGGGGUCAAAAUCCCAUUUCAGCCCUAACACACUAACUUAACAUAGAAUCAGGCUUGGGGUCAAAUCCCAUUUCAGUCCUAACACACUAACUUAACAUAGAAUCAGGCUUGGGGUCAAAUCCCAUUUCAGCCCUAACACACUAACUUAACAUAGAAUCAGGCUUGGGGUCAAAUCCCAUUUCAGCCCUAACACACUAACUUAACAUAGAAUCAGGCAUGGGGUCAAAUCCCAUUUCAGCCCUAACACACUAACUUAACAUAGAAUCAGGCUUGGGGUCAUAUUCCAUUUCAGCCCUAACACACUAACCUAACAAAGAGUCAGGCUUGGGGUUAAAAACCCAUUUCAGCCAUAACACACUAACCUAACAAAGAAUCAGGCUUGGGGUCAAAUCCCAUUUCAGACCUAACACACUAACCUAACAAAGAGUCAGGCUUGGGGUUAAAUCCCAUUUCAGACCUAACACACUAACCUAACAAAGAAUCAGGCUUGGGGUCAAAUCCCAUUUCAGCCCUAACACACUAACCUAACAAAGAGUCAGGCUUGGGGUUAAAUCCCAUUUCAGACCUAACACACUAACCUAACAAAGAAUCAGGCUUGAGGUCAAAUCCCAUUUCAGCCCUAAUACACUAACCUAACAAAGAAUCAGGCUUGGGGUAAAAUCCCAUUUCAGCCCUAAUACACUAACCUAACAAAGAGUCAGGCUUGGGGUCAAAUCCCAUUUCAGCCCUAACACACUAACCUAACAAAGAGUCAGGCUUGGGGUCAAAUCCCAUUUCAGCCCUAACACACUAACCUAACAUAGAAUCAGGCUUGGGGUCAAAUCCCAUUUCAGUCCUAACACAUUAACCUAACAAAGAGUCAGGCUUGGGGUCAAAUCCCAUUUCAGCCAUAACACACUAACCUAACAAAGAAUCAGGCUUGGGGUCAAAUCCCAUUUCAGACCUAACACACUAACCUAACAAAGAGUCAGGCUUGGAGUUAAAUCCCAUUUCAGACCUAACACACUAACCUAACAAAGAAUCAGGCUUGGGGUCAAAUCCCAUUUCAGCCCUAGCACACUAACCUAACAAAGAGUCAGGCUUGGGGUCAAAACCCAUUUCAGCCCUAACACACUAACCUAACAUAGAAUCAGGCUUGGGGUCAAAUACCAUUUCAGUCCUAACACAUUAACCUAACAAAGAGUCAGGCUUGGGGUCAAAUCCCAUUUCAGACCUAACACACUAACCUAACAAAGAAUCAGGCUUGGGGUCAAAUCCCAUUUCAGCCCUAACACACUAACCUAACAAAGAGUCAGGCUUGGGUUUAAAUCCCAUUUCAGCCCUAACACACUAACCUAAAAAAGAAUACAAAAAAUGUGAAUUUGGAAUUGGAAUUACUUUCAGAAUUGACUGGAAUUGACCCCAACCCUGCAAGGAAUUACCAUUGGAGUCUGCACCCUAGUCUAUACCAUCAUGUGAAUCAUACCACUAAAACACUUAUUGGGCCAGAAGCAAUCAAACCUCAAACUCCUAAUUGACUUCCUGUAGUUCUAGUUUCAUUAACAUAAUGUACCCUACUCUAAACUAGUGAUGUUAAAUAUCAUCUUAAAAAUGUAUUAUCAGUUCAAUCCAACAACUUGUGAGUAUUAAGCUUUUUAAGGUUUGAUGCAGUCUUGCUAUACUGUACACAGAUGAUGUUGCUAAACACAUUUCAUGAAAACCAUUGCUUUUUCAAAAAUUCCCACUGUAUUGUGAAUUUACAUUUACAUUCGAGUCAUUUAGCAGACGCUCUUAUCCAGAGCGACUUACAGGAGCAAUUAGGGUUAAGUGCCUUGCUCAAGGGCACAUCGACAGCUCGGGGAUUAGAACCAGCGACCUUUCGAUUACUGGCACAAUGCUCUUAACCACUAAGCUACCUGCCGCCCAUGAAUGACAUGUAUCUAAAGCUACAACAAUAUAAGAGAGAAUAAUCAUCUGAAACGUACCUCUCCUGGGAAGUUGUUAAUAAGAUAUAUAAUAUAAUUGAUGUAUUGAUUAAGUAUUGAUUGAUUUAAUUGAUUGAUUAAGUCUCUGCCAGGGAUGACAUGUUGUGUUCAGUGAUUCCUGAUCAUCCAGUCUCUCUCUCUCUCCUUCCAGUAACACUUUCAGAGUCAAGAGGUCCCCAAAGAGGUCGCCCACGUCUGAUCCAUUAUCACAAGUCAGUCAGUCCUCUCUCACGUACCACACACACACGCACGCACACACACACACACACACACACACAUACACACACACACUUUCAAACACACACAGACUCAAUUUAUGUGAUAAACGGGGACAUUGUAAAUAAACCAGCAAUAUCCUUCCUCUUCUCCAGGAGCCCACCCCAGUAGAUGAAGCCCAGCCUCCUAUCCCCCCGCUACAGGACGACCACGCCACAGACGAGGAGAAGCUGGCCUCUUCCUCCAAUCAUAAAGAGAAGCUUGCUUCCUCAGCCAAUCACAUGUGGGCAUCCAUGGAGGCGGAGCUAACCUCUGAGCCCCAGGAGGAUUUCCCGCAGCCAUCUGACCUCACAGCCUUCGUCAACGAGAACAAUCGAGGUGAGUGUGUUUGUGUGCGUGUGUUUAAAAAAUACAUAUUACAAUAAAUAGUCAUCAUUGGACAAUUUCAGGUCAAAAGUUAAUGUAUCCAUGUACAGGAUGUGAUGUCAUCCAUAUGUGUGCACCCCCAUUUAUUGAUUUCUAUUUGGCAGUGAGCCCAUGCAGCUAGCUAUCCAGCCCAGUCCUUUACUAAACCCUGACCCCUAGAAGAGUAGAGGAGAGCCACCCUACCCAGAGGCUGUCUCUGCCUGACUGGGUUUAAACUGGGUCAUAUUAUUACAGAUAGACAGACAGACUGUCCCACCAGUCCAGUCCAGCCCAGAGUAUCUGAUUCCCUCCUGUUCUCCCUCCUCUUUCAUCUCUCUCUUCUCCCUUCCUCUCUUCUCUCGUUCUGUCUCUCACCAUCUCUGUUCUUCCUCCUCUCCUAUUCCUAUCUUCUUCUGUCUCUCUUUCAUUCUCUCGUACUUGUGUCUCUUAACUCUGCCUAUUCUGUUGUCUCCCUCAGUGCCAGACUAUGAGAUUGAGUACAUGGAGAAGAUCGGCCCCUCUUCGCCGGUGAGUAUCUAUCCACAGUCUGUGCUGUCAGUCAGAUAAGAAGGGGUAGGAAGAUAGAACUGAAACUGGCUCAAAUUAUGAUCGUGAUCUAUGAAGAUUUUAUACUGGUUACUUAGGUCUAUAUGUUUGCUCUUGAGACUGACUGUCCUUGAGAAUGACUGUCCUUGAGACUGACUGUCCUUGAGACUGACUGUCCUUGAGACAAACUGUCCUUGAGACUGUCUGUCCUUGAGACUGAGACUGACUGUCUUUGAGACUGACUGUCCUUGGGACUGACUAUCUUUGAGACUGACUGUCCUUGAGUUUGAGACUGACUGUCCUUGAGACUAACUGUCCUUAAGACUGAGACUGACUGUCCUUGAGACUAACUGUCCUUGAGACUGAGACUGACUGUCCUUGAGACUAACUGUCCUUGAGACUGAGACUGACUGUCCUUGAGACUGACUGUCUUUGUAUACUUUAGUUUCUUCUGAUCAUCAAAGUGGGUUGUGUUUAGGACGCGCAGGGAGGGGGCGAGGAGGUCGCGAGAAGAGAGAGCGCGCGCGCGCGCGCGAGAGGCGCGCGCGCGCGCGCGCGAGCGCGCGCGCGAGCGAGCGCGCGCCCCCAGCAGCGAAGCGCGCGAGAGAGAGAGGAGAGCGGAAGACGCGCAGCGCGCGAGCGGCCGGCGCCGCGUCGCGGCGCGCGCGCGCGCGCGCGCGCGCGCGCGCGCGCGCGGCGCGCGCGGCGCGCGAGCGGGCGCGCGAGAGAGAGAGAGAGAGAGAGAGAGAGCGCAGAGCGGCGUCACCCCCCGCCCGCGCGGCGCGCGCGGCGCGAGCGCGCGCGCGCGCUCGCACGCCAGCGAGCGAGGCGAGCGAGGAAGCGCGAAGAUAGACGAUCUCCUAGCGCCCUGCGCUGCGAAGGCCGCGGAGCCACGCCCAUCGGGGAGGCUCUUCGCGUGCGUGACCCAACGCACAGCUGAGCUCGGCGCUCCUCUCUUUAUCUCUAUCGCUCUAUCGCUCUCGCCUAUAGGCUGCUCAUCUCUCUAUCUCUCUCUCUCUCUCUAUCGCUUCUAGUCUCUCUCUCUUUAGACUAUGUUUGUGAAGAAACCUUCUACUCUCUACCUGAAGCUGGACUCUGUGACAGACAGCCUGACCAAGCCUAACCAUGGAUCAGAACUCAACUCUCCCUGCACAGGGUACAACACACUUGGGCACACACACACACACACCAUACAAAUCUGUCAGUUUAAGCUAGAGAUAUCAGUCUCAAUCCACCACAUCCGCCCAUGUAACACUUCUGCGGUCUUUUCACAAAAUCUUCUGUAGCGUCCGAACAGUUCGGCCUAAAAACUAUUAUGACCCCUCUAUGGAAAGAUGAGACUCACAAACACGUACGUGUCGGUUGUUUUGCUCUAGGACGUCCACAGGCCUCACAAGACUUGUCUGAAGGUCCCCCGGUACCAGAUGAAAACAUGUAUGGAAGAACAUAUGGAGACUGUUUAGCGCCAAAAAUAUGGGGUUAAAUACAUGUACAAAUGUUUUUAUUAUAAUAAUGUUUCCUGAUCUUUCUCUCAGAUAUAGGACACACUUCAGAAACAAACAUCCUUUAGAUUUUUUGGGGGACUAUCUGUUGUUUCAUAUAAUGAAUCUCUUAUCUUUUUUUUUUUUUUUUUUUUAUAGUUCAAGGAUAGUUCAAGAAUCUCUUGUUUUAGUUGCUAAACAGAACGUUUGGACUAAUGAUUACACCCCAGAUUAGCUAGAUGCAGGCAAGUGUGUGCAAGUCUCUCGACCUGUGUGCACCUAUGUUAUAAAUGUUCAUUCCCUAAUCUUGAAAGGUACUAAUUGACACACACACACACACACACCUAAACGCACCCUCUAGUCUAGUCACCUAUAGUUAUCAACAUGAGCAUUAAUAAUUAUAAUAAUUAGGUCAAAAUCCAUUCACUCUCUCUCACGUGCACACACAUUCAGAUUCAGAAUAGAAUGACUGCAAAAUGUUAAGUUACAUUUCUGUUUCCAGUCCCUUUCCUGUCACUACCGCUUUCAGUUGUUACUGUACUUACCACACAACAAACACAUAUCCAUAAACACACACCCAUAUACCCAGAUAUAUCCUCUAUCUAAUUCUCCUUGUCCCCCCUUCCGUCCCUCUCUCUCUCCCUCCAUGUAGGAGUUUUGAGGAGAUGGAGGCCCAGAUCACAGCCCAGAUGAAGACUCCUGUGCUGGGCUCCAGACCCGGUCCAGAGGGGUCUCGACCCGGUCCGGAGGGGUCCACUGGCGCGAAGGAGAAGACCAGGAAGAGAGAGAGCCAGUCACUCAGCCGGACACAGAGCACAGACAUGGAGCAUGGAGCAGUGAGUAGAACAAUACUGAACAGUCUGGCUGUAACCUCAAUAAGCAAAAUCAAGAUGAAAAUCUAUCAAUGCAUUCACUGUAUGUUUCUCAUCGUCUUUCAUCUGCAUGUGACAGUUAUUUGUGUCAUUGCUCCUCUCAGAAUACAAUGUUACGUCGGAUUUUCUUCUCCCGGUUCACUAUGCUGAGGCCUCUCUUAGUCCACAUAACGCGUCUGUCCGUGUUAUUGUCAUGUAGUCAUGUAGACACUAGAGGGCGACAGUGUAUACUGUAUGGCAUGGCCUAUGGUGUAGAAGAAGAAGCUGAUGCUCAGUAGGCCUAUUAACCUCAUCAGCUACUCUCAAAGCCCUGUCAUAAGUUAACUACCAUAAGUUAGCUUCCAUAGGUUAACUACCAUAAGGUAACUACCAUAAAGUAACUACCAUAAGCUACCUACCAGCCAGCUACAAACAACACACCUCAGCCUCAGCCACCCAGCUCCCAACCUCCUGCUGACACUGCCCAAUGCUUUGCGUCGCAAUGCUGACCCCCUCCUCGCCCCGCCCCUUUCCCCGCCCCUCGCCCCGCUCUUUUCCCCGCUCGCCCGCUCCUCGCCCGCUCCUCGCCCCGCUCCUCGCCCGCCCCUCGCCCCGCUCUUUUCCCCGCUCCUCGCCCGCUCCUCGCCCCGCUCCUCGCCCGCUCCUCGCCCGUCUCCUCGCCCCGCUCCUCGCCCGUCCUCGCCCCUCUCCUCGGCCGCUCCUCGCCCCUCGCCCCGCUCUUUUCCCCCGCUCCUCGCCCCCGCUCCUCUACCCGCUCCUCGCCCGCUCCUCGCCCCAACUCCUCGCCCCGCACCUCGCCCCGCUCCUCAACCCGCCCCUCGCCCCCGCCCCUCGCCCGAUCCUCGCCCCGCUCCUCGCCCCGCUCCUCGCCCCCGCUCCUGCCCCGCCCCUCGCCCCGCUCCUCGCCCCGCCCCUCGCUCCGCUCCUCUACCCGCUCCUCGCCCCGCUCCUCACCCUGCUCCUCAUCCCUGCUGCCACCCCCUGUAGCUACCCACCCAGGGCCCUAUGGAGGUCCCAGGCCCAGCCCCUGGCCCAUCCCCAGACGCACCCUUCUUAGCCAGUCUGUCUGAGUGCCCUGACCCCCUGGCGUACCUGGAGGCUGUGGAGCCUGACCUGGCAGAGACCAACCCCACUGCCUUCGCCCUCAAACUACAGGUGUGUUGAUUAGAGGCAGACAGUGUGCUGUGCCACCCUCCCUCCCCGUGCCACCCUCCCUCCCCGUGCCACCCUCCCUCCCUUUGGACCCUCUCUAGCCCUGGUAUUUAUACUAUUGAUAAAUCAGAGGUAUACUAUUGAUAAAUCAGAGGUAUACUAUUGAUAAAUCAGAGGUAUACUAUUGAUAAAUCAGAGGUAUACUAUUGAUAAAUCAGAAGUAUACUAUUGAUAAAUCAGAGGUAUACUAUUGAUAAAUCAGAGGUAUACUAUUGAUAAAUCAGAGGUAUACUAUUGAUAAAUCAGAGGUAUACUAUUGAUAAAUCAGAGGAAUACUAUUGAUAAAUCAGAGGUAUACUAUUUAUAAAUCAGAGGUAUACUAUUGAUAAAUCAGAGGUAUACUAUUGAUCAAUCAUAGUUAUACUAUCGAUCAAUCAUAGUUAUACUAUUGAUAUAUUAUAGUUAUACUAUUGA